AUCAUCGCAGCCACCGUCCACCGUCACGAUUCAACGAAACCAUCAUCAUCAUCAUCGCAACCACCAUCGUUCUCUUUAAUUUCAGAGAAUCAACGAUUCAACGAAACCAUCAUCAUCAUCAUCAUCAUCAUCGCAACCACCAUCAACAUCGCAAUUCAACGAUCCAACGAAAACACCAUCAACAUCAUCAUCGCAACAUACGGGUGAAAACAUUUAAGUACCUAGAGAUGGUAGAUGCACCAACCUUCAGUCUCGGGUUGACAGCUUCGGAUGAGGAGAAAGGGAAUGCUUCAUCAUCUGGUGCUGAGGCAAAUGUACAGCAUAAAGGAAAGGAAAAAAAAGAUGAGAAGAAAGUAAGCGAUAAAGUGGGGAAAGAUAACGAUGCCGAUCCAAGAGUGAGGCACAAGCUUAGCAUACCUAAGGUGUACGACAUUAUGCAAUUGAUAGAAGGAAAAAGAAGGAAAGAUCAGAUAAUUAAGGAACUUACCGAAUGUGGCUUUGGAGGAAUGAGGUAUAUAUGUAAUUGGACAAAGAUUCCUACCUCCUUUGUGGAUUGGAUAGUAAAAAGCUUUGAAAAAGAGCACAUGUGGAUUAGACUGACAAAGACAAAGGUACUCCCUUUGAGAGAUGAUGAUGUACAUCGAGUGUAUGAUCUACCAAUGGCGGGGAAGGAAAUUAACUUGGAUCUUUGUUCUGAUGGAGCUAUAAGGAGACUAAGAAGAGAAUUAGGAUUGGGUGGGGGUAGUUCUCCACGUGUGAAGGUGAGUGAUUUGGAAAGCAAAUUGAAGACGAUCGAGCAUCCAAAAGCAUGGGUUAAAGGGGCAAUCUGUUAUAUCAUUCACAAUAUUUUGUGCCCCACUAAUCAUAGUGGUGUAUCACUACAAUAUGCACAAAUAUUGGAGGAUCCAGCCGGCGUGUCAUCGUACAAUUGGUGUUCAUAUGUUCUUCAAUAUAUGAAAGAAGGUUUGCAAAAUCCGAUUGUUGCAAAUCCAUUAGCCGACUUCCAUUUCCUCAUGAUUAAUUAUAUGGAAAAGAUGGGGAAGAAAAGCCCAUUUCUGACCGGGAGAUACAAACGACCCUCACUUCGUGAUUGGGACGUAAAGACGGCAACCCAAGAUAUUCAAAAGGUCCACGAUGUUAUGGGACUCGAGUAUGGGUUGACAGCCGGUGUAACUACAUUGAACAACAUUGAUGAAGUGCCACUCGUGCUAUGCUUUGAUGCAGAUACUUGUCCAUUGUCUGCGGCACCGAUGCAUCUUAAUCACUGUAGGUCCUGUAUAAUGAUCUACAAUAGAGCUGCUGAAAAAUUGGAAAGAAGGUUAGCUGAAGGUAAAGAUGGGGCAGCUGAACAAAAAGUUGGAAAUGAACAGGCAAAUAUUGAUGAGGGAAAUGUUAGGAAACAAGGUGAACAAAAAGAUGGGGCAGCUGAACAAAAAGUUGGAAAUGAACAGGCAAAUAUUGAUGAGGGAAAUGUUAGGAAACAAGGUUUAAGAUAUAAAUCAUCAGCUAACAGAAGAAAAGUAAUUCCCAAUGUAGGAGAUGAGGAAGCAGAUGAUGGACAAGGAAAACAACCACCACUCUCUGGUACACAAGAAACAAUACUGCAGUAUCCACAAUAUUUUGAUGCAGGGGCAACUCCGUUAAGGACGGUGUUGGUUGAUGAAAUCAUUGACUUGAGUCAAGCGGACACUGUUAAGCCAACUAGAAUGAAGAGGAAGCAUGAAAAGGAGGAUCGCACAUAUCCUGAACGUAGACGAGCUGUGAAGAAAUCAAAGUACCUUACAAGCCCAUAUGAUACUGCUGUCUACGAGUCAACUGCAACUAAAUUGCAGAAGGAUAUAUGCACCUAUGCAUGGAGCAGUUCAAUUGAUGAGGAGGAAAUUCUGUACUGCUCCAGAUCACAUGACUUCACUCUACAACGGAAAGAGUUAUGGACUCUAAACAAAGAUGAAUGGAUCAGUUGCUUUGUUGUAAAUAGUUGGGUAAAUUACUUGAAUUGGAGGCAACGAAAAGGACAAAUGACAAGGCUUGUUACACAAUAUAUCAAUUAUCAAUACAUGGAAAGACCGGAUGCACUGGAAAUGGAGCAACCAGCUGCGUUCAAUAACUUCAUUGCAAGACUUAAAUGGUUCAAGUACAUGGAUUGGAAGAAAAUUGACCCUACAAGUCUGGAAUACAUCAUGACGCCGGUAUUGAUUGGCAAUCCAGGGAGUCAUUAUGUGUGCUUUGUUGUCAAUUUGAAAAGCCACAGAUUCCAAUUCCUAAACAGCAUGUAUGGAGAUAGGUUGAAUUUGGACCCACCAAAUAUAUACAAAAAGAUGUUUGAUGUAUGGUUGAAUGAGGUGAAUGCAUUUCUUAUAGGAUUGUAUACUCAUAAAAAAAUGCCAUUCCCUUUCCACUUUAGCAAAUUUAGUUGGGAAUCUCCAAAAAUGCCAACUCAAAUUGAUAAAGACAAUUGUGGAGUAUUCUGCAUGAAAUUCCUUGAAGAAUGGCAAGGUGACCAUUACACCCAAAUGGAGUCUUUCAAAAAUUGGAGCCAACUCGGAAAGCGAGACAAAAUUGCAAGGGUGAUGGACUUAAGAAUUGGGAUAUUGUCCACAAUUUUAACCGACUCCAGCAAUUCAAUAAGACACAAAGUGGAAAAGAAUGCAACUUCUUACUGUGAAGAACUGACUCAAAAGCUAGGAUGAUGUCUGAAUUUGAAUUUCUGGAUUAUGUAUAACUAAUGUAGUUGUUUCAGAUUGAGGUUGUUUCUGAAUUUGAAUUUCUGGAUUAUGAAUUUGAAUUUCUGGAUUAAUGUAUAACUAAUGUAGUUGUUUCA